AUUUUUUUGAGUACUGAAAACCUCUCUGACAUGGCGUUGAGUAUGUCUUCAGUGAGAGACACAAAAUGGCUGACUUUGGAAGUCUGUCGCCAGUUUCAGCGAGGAAACUGUUCCCGCAGUGAUAAGGAAUGCAAGUUUGCACAUCCACCCAAAAGCUGCCAGGUGGAAAAUGGGAGAGUUAUUGCCUGCUUUGACUCGCUGAAGGGCAGAUGCUCAAGAGAAAACUGCAAGUAUCUUCAUCCACCUUCUCACCUAAAAACCCAGUUAGAGAUAAACGGACGCAACAAUCUGAUUCAGCAGAAGACGGCCGCGGCAGUGCUCGCCCAGCAGAUGCAGCUCAUGAUCCCUGGACCCAGUCUGCAGCCUGUGUCAACGUUUCCUGUUACGCAGGGUCUGGGCACUAAUACCAGUCUUGGUUAUGGUUCAUACAUCACACCUUUGAGCCAUGGAAUGAGUCUCAUUCCCUCAGACAUCCUCUCUAGCCCCCCACUUCUUGUUCCUGGCAGCCCAGCUGUCACGGUUCAGUGCUCCUCCUCCUCCUCUUCUUCGUCCUCCUCUUCUCCAUCACAGAAGCUACAGCGUCCAGACAAAUUAGAGGUGUGUCGUGAGUUUCAGCGGGGAAACUGUGCGCGAGGGGAGACAGAUUGCCGUUUUGCUCACCCCAGUGACAGCCCGAUGAUUGACAGCACUGAUAACACAGUCACUGUUUGCAUGGACUUCAUCAAGAGCCGGUGCUCCAGGGAGAAGUGCAAGUAUUUUCACCCGCCUGCACACUUGCAGGCCAAAAUCAAAUCCAGUCAACAAGUCAGUCAGACGGGAGUGGCAGCCCAGGCCACAGCUGCAGCCAUGACUCWGUCGACUGCCAAAGCAAUGAAGCGACCCCUCGAGGCGACUGUAGACCUGGUUCUGUCUUGUGCAUGACUCCUGCUAACAGUGUUGUCCCCAUGAUGUACAGUGCUACGCCUGCUACUGUUUCUGCAGCAACUACUCCUGCCACAAGUGUCCCCUACGCAGCAACAGCACCAGCCAAUCAGAUCAUUCUCAAGUAGCCAUCAGAAGUAGAGGUCGGUGUCUCAUCGCUGCAGUUAAAGGUCCCAGACAGCCUGUCUGUAAAUAUUCUACCAACAACACACACA